CCCGGAUUUGAGAGAACACUUCCAGAAGUAGUAGAGCGCGCAAAGCUCAAAACCAGAAAUGAAAAUCGUCUCUUUCGCGCUGCGUUCAUGUCAAAAUGGCUUAUCGCGCCGAUCUCCGCGACCCCAUGUUGUCCGAACUCUCUCUACAGAUGCAACUUCAGGUAGUGGUGGGGUUGAUGAUUAUAAGCAAACAAACUCAUUUGAGCCAACUGAUGAGUCUGAGAGGCGGAUGUUUGGUGACUCUUCUGGGGGCAAUGCUAAGUCCGAUGCCUUUUUCCAAAAGUUGGAUAGAUUAGGGGGUCGCAACAGAUUGGGUCCGAGAACAGGUGGUGGUGGGGUUGAUGAUUAUAAGCAAACAAACUCAUUUGAGCCAACUGAUGAGUUUGAGAGGUCGAUUUUUGGUGACUCUUCUGGGGGCAAUGCUAAGUCCGAUUCCUUUUUCCAAAAGCUUGAUAGACCAGGGGGUCACUACAGAUUGGGUCCGAGAGUGAGUGAAGGAAGUAAUUCCCAGACACUGGAUGGCCUAGACGAAAGUUUCAACACUUUGUCCGAUGGAUUGGAUGGGAGGUUGAAGGAAGCAGCCGCAUAUUUUCAGUUUGAUUCGGACGAAAUAAUGCAAGACAAUUACUCGUUUAGAGCGGAUAUCAAUGCUGAUCAUGGAAUGACUUAUGAGACAAAGGAUCUUGAUCUUAGACGGCCAGGAGUGUGGAAACCUUCCAAAAAGUAUGAAUUUGAAACUACUACAAAGGAGGUUCUACAAAAAGCUGAUUUUAGGAAUGUUAGAUUCCUCGCAAACUUCAUAACGGAGGCUGGGAUUAUUAUCAAGAGGAGCAAGACUCGCAUUAGUGCCAAGGCCCAGAGGAAGGUUGCCAGAGAGAUCAAAACAGCCCGAGCUUUUGGUUUAAUGCCUUUCACAACCAUGGGGACAAAAUCGUUUGUUUUUGGAAAAACCAUGGAAAAUCUUGAUGGGGAUUUCGAAUAUGAAAGUUAUGAUAGCCAGAUGAUUGCUGAUGCAGAUGGUAGGGACCCUCUGGAAGCUUUUGGUAGGAGGUGAAUGUUACAUUUCUAUCAUCUUUUUGUCAACAGCCCACAUUGAGUA